CUUCCUGUCUGUGGAGAGGAAAAUUUAGAAAAAUCUCUCCAAUAUUUAGCCAUAUUUCUCAUCAUUUAGGAAAGGGAGACACAUUUCAAGGAUUGUAAAACGUUCCUUUGGUAUAUUUGUACAUUCCUUCAGUAAAGACGAACUUUCAAAUGUAUCGGUUUCGAAGUAAUUGCCAUUUGUUGGCAGCCGUGAUCUGCGCUUCGGUUUUGCAGCUGGUCGUUACAGACACACUUCCAACAUGCCAGCCGAAAGAUUUUCAUUACGAGUAUACAGAGUGUGAUAGCUACGGUGGUCGAUGGAGGGUAUCGGUACCCAGCCCUGCCACAUGUAUAGGUGGCGCUCCUAAUCCACCAAUCAGAGGGAAGGAGUGCAAGUUCACCUGCAAACCUGGCUCAUACCUGGACAUCAACGGAGACCAGCAGUGUAAGGAAUGUCCAGCUGGGUCCUACUCGCUCGGGGGUGGGGUCAGGUUCGACAGCUGGGCGACUCUGCCGACUGGGUUCUCCAUCAAGACAGAAGAGUUCAGCGGCGGUGCGACAGGAUUCUCUGAGACAUCAAAGGGGAGCACCAACUGUUCCAAAACUGGCUGGCAACCACGAGGAGAGUUCAUUGCCUCGUUUGCUGAUUCGUGUACAGCUAGUCUCGUGUACUCGGCAAAUCUGGUCAAAGCUGGCUCAGUCUCGUUCAAGUACAAGUACAAUGAUGAGAGCACUAUAUUCCACUUCUAUGUGGAGAAUGAUCUGUGCCAGACAUACACUGACAGGAAGUCUAAUGUGUGGCCCGCAAUGACCGAAGAAGGCGAAUGGAAAACACACAGGAUGAAUCUCAAGUCGGGAGUGAACAUUCUUUACUGGAAAACUAUAGACAUCAACCGGGACAGUGAACAUAACAUCAAACCUGUCCUUAUCAAGGAAAUCAUGAUUGAUGGUGUUGCCUUCACAUCUGAGUGUACCAUGUGUAAAGGAGGUACCUACAGCCCAAAGGGAGCCUCGGAAUGUUCCCCAUGUGCUGUGAAUACAUAUUCUGCAAAGAGCGCUGAGACAUGUGCACCUUGUGACAAGAACACCCAGUAUGCGCCCAUCAAGUCUGACAAAUGUUUGACACGCCCUGCAUGUAAAGCAAAGGAUUAUUUCGAGUAUUCUACACCAUGUGAUAGUAACAUUGAGACCCAGAAGUACUACAAGUGGAUUGAGCCCCAGAUCUGUCGGACUGACCUCCCCGGUGCUGCUCAGCUCCCAACGCCAGGAAAGAAGGAGAAGUGUCCGCCAUGUAACCCAGGUAUGGCUGCCAAUACUACUGGAUCUUGUGUGUUCUGCCCAUCCAAUCAGUUCUCCAACGGUAGCGUGCCGUGUGAGGAGUGCCCGGUCUCGACUGCCCCUGUCUAUGGUAUCGUCUACAGAUGGUGGAACAACAUCCCACAGAAUGUCUCAACUAGCUGUAUGUCAAUGGACAAAUCUGGUUGUGCGACUACCAACGGUUGGAUCCCAACAGGUGACCACAUCACCAGUGGAAAAGGUCAUGCCGACGAUGCUUACCUUGUCUUGUCUCUCAACGUUGGAGGUUUCAAGGGCAAUGAGGGGUCGUUCCAAGGUCAAGCAGCAGAGAUUGCACAACUCUCCUUCGUCUUUGAGCUAAACUGUACAACAAAGUGUGCCUUCUUCUUCAUUGAGGAUUCUCCAGAAAGGGGGGCCUCGGUCAUCCAAACCUGGUCAGGAACACAGAAGAAACAGAAAUUUACAUUCCCGAUUACUAAGAACCGUGCUGCGACCUUCAACUGGGCGUUCCAAAAGACGAGCUGGGAGGAGGCGUUUGCUAUGGAGAAACAAUCCAAACUCUACACAAAUGAUGUGGCCAAGAUUUAUGCUAUCAAUGUGACGAAUACGGAUGGGGGUGGCGCGUAUGAGUGUCUGCCUUGCCCUGAGGGCAUGACCAAAACCGGUCAUUACACAAUCAAAAGAUUCAGGUGCAUCCCAUGUCCAGCGGGGGCCUACAUCCAGCGCAACACAACCAAGUGUAAAAAGUGCCCAGCAAACACCGUCAUCCAUGGCCAACGUCCGUUUGGGAUCGAAUCGUGUCAGAAGUGUGGCCCAGGUCUCUUGUCGAAGAACCACAAGAGUUGUUACAGUGACUGCAAGUUUGUGUCGCCAGAGGGACGAGAGUAUGACUUCAGUCCUCUCUCAAACGCCCAGAUUGUGACUGGAGCUCACCUCUUCACCUCUAGUGGCACCCAGUACUACCAUAUCUUCAAUAUCAGUUUGUGUGGAAAAGAGAUGGUGCAGUCUAAUUGUUACAAUAACUUCACUGUCGGGACCCAGGGUCCCACAACAUCACAACAAGCCCUACUUCGCCAUCUUAGUGGAAUGAAAAUACAAAAAUCUGGCUCAUUCAACUUGUUAUCAUCUCUUCAUAAACAACUCAUCCCGAGUGUCUCACACAUUAGUGCGUUCGUCUGCCGGUCGACCAUUAUCCCGCCCAAGAACCCAAUGGCUGAACAGGUUCUGUCUGCGCAGCCAGUGAGCCUGGGAGACCUCUUGGUCAACAUCAGCAGCCAUCACAACAAGACUAAAGACCUAAUGAAUGAGAGGCUGAAGACGGCAGGAUGGCCCAUUGAUGAGGAUGACAUGGAUAUUCACUUCACGUUCAACACAGAAGUCCCAACAGCUGCGUGCUCUAGAGGCCGCUCGGUCAUCAUCACCAUGAGAUGUGACGUCAAGGAACAAGGCAACGGAACCAUUGAGCUGCCGCCCAAAUGUCCCGAUGGGACGUGCGACGGUUGUAACUUCCACUUCUUGUGGAAGAGUCGCCACGCUUGCCCCCAGUGCAAGGACGAGGACUAUGAGGAGGUGAAGGGAGAAUGCAUCAAAGGAGAACAGACCAUCUAUCACUAUCCACCCAAACAUUGUGUCUUGUCUGGUACUGAUAACAAACCCAAGAAGACGACGAUGAAGUGCUCCGUACUGCCGAUGUGGGUUUGGAUCUUCCUGGCCUCACUAGGUGGCACUGGCAUCCUUAUGUGCCUGCUCAUUUUCUACUGUUGGGGCAAGAACAAGAGGCUCGAGUACAAGUACAUGAAGCUAGUCACUGCAUCGAACACCAAGGAUGGUGAGCUGCCUGCUGCCGAGACGUGCGCCCUGGAUGAGGAUGAGGAUGAUGACCAGUUUGAUGUGAAAUACAAGGAGAGCAAGGGCAAGAAGUUGUUUAACAAGCUGAUUGCUAUGGCUGGGAAGGAAAAUGAGAAACAAACUCAAAACCCAAUGUGGUCCCUUGGAGAAAAACAGAACCUAUUACGGUGACGACAAUCCGUUUGAAUCCAUCAAAUUAACCGACAAGGCACCGUUAUAGGACUGGUAUUACAUUGAACAUUAAAGUUGAAGAGAAUAUCCGACUCUACAGCCACACGGAAUACGAUGGAUAAGGGAACAUUGAUCAGGAGAUUUUGGACAAUUGGACACUUGCUCCGUAAAUUGCGAAAUGUCAUAUUGACUUCUCAAAUUUCUUCAAAAGUAGUGCAAGGAUCACUUCACCUGUAAAUCAGGACAUUAUCAAAUGUCAGACUAUUCAUUGAAGAGGUGUAUUGCUCCUGUGCCCUUCCUGUGGAGGAGACGAGAGCAGCUGUAGAUGACCUACAACUUUGUGCAAUCAUACACUUAUGCAUGUAUAGCUUUCAUAGGCUGACCAAAGUUUUGGUACAAUUUGCUCGGUCUUAAUCAAUGAAGAUCGACCUAUUCAGGAAUAUCAUGAGUGCAAUCUAUACUAAUGUAAAAAAUAGUCAAUUUCUGGGAAUUUCUUGCUCCUGAUGAUUCUGCUAGGCACGACUGCAAGAAACGUCCACACUGACUUGAAUGUUAUUCCAUUAAGCUAUACGCUUGGUGCUGAUCAGUUCUUCACGAAAGGACUAUUGAAAAUUGCAAAGAUGUUUUUUGGUCAAAUCACUCGCCUGUAAUGUUUGAGGUGUGUUUCUUCUAAUUUCCGUGCAUUCCAUUCAUGGGUUGGUGAUUUUUAUCAUGCAUUCCACAUCAUAAGUUGAUAAAUGCUACAUUUUGUUUGUGGAGACCUUCCUGCUGAACAUUGAAUCUCACUUGAACAGAACAGCGAGGAAGAAAUGGCCACCUUCAAGUUAUGGCAAGCUGUAUCACCUCUUCUGUAGUUGUGGUAUAGCUCCAGAACAUCCCCUGUGUUACUGGGGGAACUGAAAACUAUUAUGGUGAGAUUCACUGUGCAGUGGUGGAGGGCCAACAAAAGUGAUUUAACAGACUUGAAUGGAGUCCCACUCGGACACAUAGAAGAUCAUUCUAUUCUUUACUUUGCUUUAAUGAAGUCCAUGAAAAUUAAGAUUAUUUGUAAAUAUUUCUUGAUGUACGGUUCUGGUACAUAUUUUUUGUACAUGGAAAUGUAAUAAUAUAUAUAUUUUGUCCUAAAUUUAUCAUUCCUAUUGCUGGAUGUGGACAUGAGUGGUGGGAAGGGUUGGUUCCCUAUUCUACCACUGGAUGGGAGCACUGCUGUUUCAAUUCUUCUGUCAGUUGAUGAUCGGUACGCGGUGUGGUUUGAAGUUAAUUUUAAACACUGGUGUCUCUCAUGUUGUUAUAGGGCAGGGAAGAUGUACAUACUUUCAAUGUUGUAAACAUGCUUAUACACUGAUGGUGGAGAUAUUUAAAGAAGAGCACGAUGUUUGCUUGUAUGUUUAACUAUUUAUUUUGAGGACCAAUUCCUCACUGAUCUUUUGAAGAUGCCACCAAAUGGUAGACAUCGUUGGAUGUGAUGUAUGACAUACAUGCACGUGUACUAAUGUACAUGGCAUACAUCCACGUGUACGCAUACAUGUAUGUUGCAUGUGGCAGUCAGAUUUUGUUUUUUUAGUAUUUGCAAUUAAGUUUUUCAGAGCGAUUUGUUUUGAUUAUUUUUAAGACAUGUUUUGGAUAUCACCUCUAAUAUAGAUCAGUGUGCACUGCAUAAAGGUAAUGCAUUCGGUGCUAGGUGUUUUGAGUUUUUAUAGACCUGUAGUGUUAGACUAAGAGACCGAGAGUAUUAUGAUUUAUAUUCCUAGAGAAUAGGUUCUUUGAAUAAUUUGAUUUUGUGUUUAUAUGCAGUGCUAAAUUGUGUUUGAAAAGUACUGUUUCCACUCUUUUUUCAAAAUUUUUGCAAAGCUGUUCAUGAGAGUGAGGGCUAACAAGAAAUGCCAUAAUAAGUGUCAUCAUUCUCAUAAUUGAACUAUUCGAUUCUUUCAUUCCUUCAAACAUUGACAAGAUAUGUUUCAGGGGUUCAUUAGUGUUUUUCUAGUCGUACUGUGUUGUAUUAAAUGAGUGCAAUCAUGAUAUGGGGAAACCUUUCAGACCCGUGUUGUCAUCACCAAAGAAUAGUUGAGAAAUGUCAACUAUAAGGGUUAAACUCAAACGUUGUCGAUCUGUCAAAUGAUACCUCAGUUUCCUUCGUGUUUCUUCAUCUCUCUGAGAAGUAUUAGAUAGUUGGUAAUGUAUGACUGUUAUGGGAUGGAGCGUGACGUCAACUACAGUCCAAUUAGAACGGUUUUAAACUCGGCAUUGGUUGUUAGUUGCAUUCAAUCCGUUCGUCUAAAACAUGCUAUUGAAAUGUUGGAGAAUAUUUCUAUAUGUAUUCGAUUCCAAAACUCAUUCUUGCAUUCCGCUACACGUCUUCAUGAUUAUACUACCAUUUUCUCUAUUGUUUCUCCAUGUUUUCUGGUUACGGGAAUAUUUCAUUGCCAAUCAAAUCAUUCAUAGCCAACAUUUUCUAAGGUCAUUGUAUUCACAAUAAAUAGGGUCAUGAAAGUACCAAA